GGGGGGGCGACGGCACGGGGGCCGGGGGCUAGCCCAACCAGACCAACCAAACCCUAGCUCACCUCUCAUCCCAAUCCAUGGAGGCGGCGCUAUGAGCCGCCGCCACCGACGCCGGGACGUGGAGCCGGUACGGCGGGGGAGGCGAGGAUGACGGCCAGAUCGGACGAUCCCGGCGUCUCGCCGGGGACCUCGGCGGCGGCCGGCGGCGAGAUCUGGGGCACGUGGGAGGAGCUCCUCCUGGCGUGCGCCGUGCGGCGGCACGGCACGGCCAGCUGGGACUCCGUGGCCAUGGAGGUCCAGUCGCGCUGCCCCGCCGCCGCCGCCCCUCGACUCACGCCCACCGGCUGCCGCCUCCACUUCCGCCUCCUCCACCGCCGGUUCGCCGCCGGCGCCGGCGAGAACGGUGGCGGCGGCGACGUCGACGAGGACCCCGACGCGGCCGCCGCUGACGGGUGGGUGGAGGAGCUCCGCAAGCUGCGCGUCGCCGAGCUCCGCCGCGAGGUCGAGCGAUACGAUCUCUCGAUCGGGUCGUUGCAAUCCAAAGUGAAACGGCUCAAGGAGGAGAGGGAGCGGAGCAUCUCCGGCGAGGCCAAUCUGCCGGCGGUGAAGGCGGAGGAGGGCGAGGAGCCGGCGGCGGGGAAGGGAUCGCUGGAGGACGACGCCGGCGGCGGGGAGGACCGCGUCUCCGGCGGCGAGUCCGGGCGGUCGUGCAAGGAGUCCAACUCUUCAGAUCUGAAGCGGCCCGUGCACGACGCCGGCACGGCCUCCGCCGCCGUUGACGGUGCCGCGGCGGCGAAGGAGGAAGGGGAGGAGGAGGAGGCCGCGGCCGGCGAGUCGUUGGCCGUGAAGCGGGAGGAGGUCUCUGGCGAGUCGGUGGCCCGGUCGAAGGAGACCGACAAGGAGAGCAGCGACGUGCAGAGCUCGGCCAGCCCGUCCCGCCGCCGCGAGCGGGAGGGCGGCGGCGGCGCCGGUGUGGAGGAGGCAGAAGCCGAGGAAGCGUCGGCGUCGACGUCGGCGCGCGCGGCCCUCCCCGCGGCGGAGGCCGAGGCGCUGCUCGCGUUCCUCGAGUCGGUGCGGACCAGCAAGCCGGGCUCCGUGUUCGAGCGGCGGCUCGAGAGCCAGGAUGACGCGAAAUACAGGAGCACCAUCAGGCGCCACGUGGACCUGGAGACGGUCAGAUCGAAGCUGGAAGGCGGCGGCGGCGCGUGCUACUCGUCCGCGUCCGAGUUCUACCGCGACCUGCUCCUGCUCUGCACCAACGCGCUCGUCUUCUUCCCGCGCGGCUCGCCCGAGCACUCCGCGGCGACGCGGACGCGCGCCCUCGUCUCCAAGCACAUUCCCGCGUCCCUCCGCAAGGACCAGCCCGGGACCUCGGGGAAGGCUGCGGCGCCGGCGUCCAAGAAGGCCAAGGCGGAGGCCGACGUCGGGUCGCUGCUGGAGAAGACGGCGCCGAUCAUCGUCUGCCGGAAGCGGAGCUCCAUCGCGAAGGCUGCCGCCGCGGCCGCCAAGGAGGAGAAAGGGGAGAAGGGUGAGACUGAUAAGGAGGAGAACGAGGCGAGCAAGAAGGCAGGUGGCACCAAGGACAAGGCGCGGGGGUUGAGGACGAACAAGACCCGCGCCGCCCCUGUCAGGAAGGCAGCUCCAAAUCAGAAGACUGAGGACAAUGGCUCGGACAGCGACGCGCCUGCCGAAGGGACGAAGAAGCCUGGCAAGAAAGGUGGAAGCAGCGCGGUGGGGAGCGGCGCGGGGGUCGCCAAGAAACGGAACGCCGUGAACUUCCUGAACCGGAUGAAGCAAGGCUCGGCACCCUCGACGGAGCGCGUGUCGCUGCUGGAGACGCUGAAGCUCUCCGCGGCGGCGGAGCAGAAGAAGGCCGGGAAGGGCAGCGAGGGCAAGAAGGAGCCUGCCGGCGGCUCUGGCUCCAAGAGGGGCAGGGGCACCCCACCGGGGAGGAGAAACAUCGGCAGGCCCCCUAAGCGUGCUGCGGCGCCCCCAUCUCCGCCGCCAGCGAAGAGGGCAAGGGGGGGCGGGACAAAGCGUGGGGGGAGGAAGUGAAGGGACGGGAAUGGGAAGGCAGUAGGAAUUGAUAGACUCAGUCUCAGCUGUGUGUAAAUGCUGUAGGGUUGUAGGAGCGUUCCGAGCUUGUACUGUAUGCCAGUGUUGUAGGGGUGGUACUUGGUUUUCGAAUGGGGAAACUGGAUGGACUGACCUGCGCCUCUCAUGGUCUCCUUUCAUGGGACUUGAAGGAAAACGAUUCCUUUUUGGAAACUGUUGUUGUGUAUGAUUUUUGGACUGGAUUUUGAAACUUAUACUGGAGCAGGAAGUGCUCUCCAAGGACAA